AUGGGUGAAUUGCAGUCAUCUUUAUUAUUAAAAAAGCAAUUAGCAGAGCUUAGACGAGUACCAGUCGAUGGCUUUUCAGCGGGACUUCAAGACGACGAUAUUUAUAAAUGGGAAGUUCUUGUCAUUGGGCCACCUGAUACUCUUUAUGAAGGAGGAUUUUUCAAAGCACUAUUAACGUUUCCGAAGGAAUAUCCACUUCGUCCGCCUAAAAUGAAAUUUAUAUCGGAAAUAUGGCAUCCAAACAUUGAUAAAGAAGGAAAUGUUUGCAUAUCGAUUUUACACGAGCCUGGGGAUGAUCGUUGGGGUUAUGAAAAACCUGAAGAGAGGUGGCUACCAGUUCAUACUGUGGAAACGAUUUUAUUGUCUGUGAUUUCAAUGUUGGCUGAUCCUAAUCAUGACUCGCCAGCAAAUGUUGAUGCUGCUAAGAUGCAACGUGAAGAUUUUCCCGAAUUCAAAAGAAGAGUGGCUGCAUGUGUUCGAAAGAGUCAAGAAGAAUGUUAG